GGAGGCAGCAACCAGGACCUGCUGGCUAUUCAGGACGCCAUCAAGCGGGCCAAGACGAUGGACGAAGUGGAACGCCUGCACCAAAUGCUCAGCAGUGGCCAGUUUGCCGGUUUUGCUGCCCACUGGCACAAACAGCAGAAGCGCUGA